GAAUGUAUAACUGAACAAUGUUUUGAUGGAUUUCAGGUGAUACGCCUGUUGCAUCCAUAUUACCGUUUGCGGCCAGAUCAAUGGGGAUGGCAAAAUUCAAUUCGACAUAACCUCAGCUUGCAUGAUUGUUUCGUGAAGCUUCCGCUGAAACAAACCUCAGCUAGUGGAGUUGUUGGACAUUUCUGGACAGUUGUUCCGGAAUUGGGCGAUAAGCAGACGCUUCGACGACGAAGUCGGGCUGCAGCUCGAGCCGCCAACCGAGCGGCUGCCGCCUCAUCGGGCAGUCCGUCGCAACGAGGCAAGAGCAAAGGAAAUCGCUCACCGAACGAUAACAACAGUGAGAGCAACCCGUCGACACCGCAAAAGCAACAGCUGUUGGAACCUUCCUCCAAUGAGUUGAUUCAUAAUAUGUUUUCAGAUGGAAGUAUGGGAUCAGAUACGAACCUAAGUGACCAUUCAACAAGCACAAGUCCUGAAGCAUCAUCACUCAGUUCGCCGGUUGCCCAAGACAUGUUGUCACCACCGGCUGACCAAACUCAGAUUAAUAGCGUCAUAUUUCAGUUCCAAAACUCGUUGCCAUCUCUGCACAAGCCUUUGCCAUCGUAUAUGAUGAAUCCUCUGAGUUCAGUGUCGAAAGCCACCUCAGCGCCGCCAGUUCCGUCGAACCAAAACGCUUCAUCUGUCAACGAUCCAUCGCAGUCUCCGUCGUCCUCGUCAAGCAACACAAAACUUCAACAAUCGCUCUCACCACCCCUUAACUCCUCGUCAACUCUACUCAACAAUCCAAACAUCGGUCUUGAGGCAGUGCUGAAUAGUGACGAAUACAAGUUAUAUACGCAACAACUGCUAAACGCCUGUAUGUAUCAACAGGGACUCAUGUCAUCGUUGCAACAACUCGCCGAUUUAGCCGUUCACGUCAAUCCAGCAAUCGCUAGCUUACCGUGUGCGUUGUUGGCGAACAAAAUGCCAUUUUUGGGUGGUUUGCUGACCAAUCCGGCUACGAUGGCCGCUCAACUGCCGGCCGUGAGUGCAGCCACUGCGGCCGCGAUCACUGCGGCUGCCGUCGGUCUGGCGCCCAGCUCGUUGACUGGUGCGACGGCUGCGGCCGUUGCAGCCUUAUCGCCACCGGCGGCUGCCACUCCGCAGCUCUCAUCUCCAGGUAGCGGCGGCGGCAGUGCCGGCGGUGGCGGCGGAAACGCCGCCGCAGCUGCGCAAUUGCCCGCGGCACUCUUCAGCGGUCUUCAGUUUCCAGUUAAGACUGAAUCACAGUCAUUCAUGUUUUGA